AUGAAUAAAAGAUACAUUAAGAUUGCUUUGGCACUUUUAAAUAUCGCAGGAUACAUACAAAAUGUAGCAUUUGGAAUCGGAUCUUCUGCAAAUGGUGCUAAGAACUCCAACUCCCUCCGCCAAAAAACAGUAUAUCAAGAAUACAAAGACAAGGAAUGUAAAGACAUGUAUGAAACUUUUGCAGCAAUAGACCAUGCAAAAGAGGCGUUACCACUUUUACUAAAACUUGCUGAGAAUACGAACAGUUAUUCGGUUAAUUCUACAGAAAAUGAAAACAAAACUAUAUAUUCUAAGAAAAUUGGAAAUAUAGAUAUUGGAAGGCUUCAUCUUACUAUUCCAUCUGCCUCUAAGUAUUAUGAUAUAGUAAAGAAUCUCUGGGAUUACAAUGAUAAACAAAAAUCGAGUCUCAAAUUUAUUAAUGGAAAUGGUGCUCGUUUAUACUCCAAAUAUUUAAUCUUGUUUGAAAAACUUAACAUAGAUGGAAACCAUGUAAACUCUCAAAAAAGAUAUGCUUUAGGUGCAGGAAUUAAACAAACAAAUGACACAUUCGUAAUUGUUUGUCCUACAAGACCUCUAAAUUAUGAUGGUAAAAUCAAUCAAGAAACUGAUUUGAAAGAAAUAUUCGAAAAUACAAAAUCAAUCGAAGAUGACAUUGAUGCUGAGGAAGCAUUAAGCAAAUUGGGUGCUAACAUAGCCGGAUUUGUAGUUAAAAGAGGCGGAGAUUAUCAAGUUCAUGCUACUUAUAUCAACGCUGUAACCAACCCCAAAAAUAUUAACAUAAUCAUUUUUUUUCGUAGAUCUAUAAUGGUGGCAAACUCGGUAGAAUUGCCACCAAUAAAAGAGAGAGAGGUCUUGUAUAUACAAAUAUUAUAA